CGAACAACGAAAAAGAACAGCAAUUCAUAAAAAUUUGUUUAAAAAUUAAACAAUUUGCAGCUGCUAAAAUUCAAGAAAAAACUUUGCUAACAACAACAACGCAACAACGAAAGCAAUAAUACCUGCAUAACUGUGGCAUCAAGUGAUUUUGGCAAGCAGUCAACAUAUAUAUACGCAUACUUACAAACAUAGUAUAUGAACGUUAAACGUUAUACAAUAAACUAGCUGCAAAUGUUGUAGAAUUAGGCAGCGCGCCUAGUGUCAAGCAAACAGACAGCGAGGCAGCGAAAGCGAGUGAAGAGAAGGGAAGAGGAGAGGAGGAUGCACGCUAGUGGCUGUCGUCAGUGGAAUGGACAUGGACAGUACGUAGCUGCAGCAGUGGCAACGAAACUUGGAACCGUGUUAGCGCUACUCAACAGGCAGCUCAUGUUAAAGUCGAAAUCAAAGUAAACGCAAGAAAAAAGGAAACUUUACUGCAGACGACGCUGGAGUCAAUGUGAAAGAAGGUUGUGCUCUAUCUUAUAUAGUUAAUAAAUAUAAACAUAAGCAACACGUAAUAUUACAUUAAAUAUAUAAACAAAUCGUAAACACAAAUAGCAACCCCAAGGGUGUAUAACAUAAAGGGUGCAUGCAUAUUUAGAUAUACAUAUAGAUAUAUAUAGAGAGAUAUCUAGUACGCGUAGUUUAUAAAAUAAAUAUAAAAAGCGAGUAUAUCGAAUUGAGCGACGCGACUGGCAAGCUGGCAAUUGGCAAGACGUAGACGUGGACACAAUGUCUGUGGACUUUAUACUGCCCAAUCGGAACAAGAUACAAACGAUUGCCUAUGCAAGCAAGAAAUAUGCGGUUGUCAGCGAGCUACACAGCUGGCGACGUCCCAAGCCAAAGACCAAGCCCAGCAGGGUGGAGCAGAUGCUGCGCAGACUGAAAUCAUCGACGCAUACGUAUCCGUAUUCUAGAGCCACUGCCAGUGAGGACAAGUUGUCGGUGCUGCGCAAUGCCAAUAACAAUAACAGUAAUAGCAACAAUGGCCAUGCCAAGAUGACGCUCAAGUCUAGCCUCAAGGCGAAGCAAAAGGAAGCAAGCGGCAAGCGGUCCGUAAAAGCUGCACUCAAGCGUGAGAUAAUCGAGCUGGACAACGAUGAAGAAGUGGAUGAGGAUGACGAUGAAUACGAGGACUGUGAGGACGAUGUGCCUGCUGACGAACAGCAGCUGGAAUGGUCCGCCGCACAGUCACUGGUGCAAAUGAACUCCAAGCAGGAGACGCAGCGACGUCUGGGUGCCGCAAUAACUACAGCAGCAGCAGCAGAAGCAACAGCAGCAAUAGCAACAACCGCAGCAGUAUCAACAACCGCAGUAUCAAUGCGCCGUCCAGUGGCAUUUGGUCGCGCUCCGGCCGAGGAUGGUAAGGUGAUCUUCUAUGCGCCGCCGGCGAAUGCAAGUGGCGCUGCCCGACAGCCGCAGCCCAUAUCCAUUAAGCGGGAGCAACAAGUGGCCGCCACGACGGCCAUUUACAGGGGACGCAGCGUGGAGGAGACAGAAGCAGCGCACGAUCUGCUGUCGCUGUCGCAGAGUCUGCCGCCGCUGAUACCGCCCUGUGUGGUGACCAUCAUGAAGCAGGAGGUGGCGCACAAAUCACCCGAACACUUGCAAGAGAUCUCAAACGCUUCCAACAAGGCCACACCGCAGUCGCCCACGCUGUCGCAGUAUCAGAGCAGCAGCAACAGCAGCAGCAGCGCGAGCAGCAGCAGCAGCCAAGGCAGCAGCUCCAACAUACGCUUUAUUGGCAGCAGGUCCUAUGAUUUGCUGCACAAUGUGCCAGAGGCCUCGAGCACAUGCUCGCCAUUGACGCCGCCAAACUCUGAUCACAGCUCCGAUGUGGACAUUGACAUGUCCAGCUCAUCCGAGUCCGGCCAGCUGCAUUGGCGCAAGCAGGGGACGCAGCCGCAGCCACAGCGCGCCUCGGCGCUGAAGAUGUGUUUGAACAUGCUCGAUGGCCGCACCAAGGCUAGCAAGGCAGCCAGCAAGGACAAGGAGCAUCAGCAGCGCACCAAGAGCAUUAGCAGCAGCAGCAACAGCAGCAUAGCCGCCAGCAUUGAGUCCGUCGCCAAUGGCAGCGGUGAGAAUUAUGCCAAGCGCAAGCGCGGCUGCUACAAGUGCUCGGAGUGUGGCAAGCAAUAUGCCACCUCAAGCAAUCUGUCGCGCCACAAGCAGACGCAUCGUUCGCUGGACUCGCAGUCGGCCAAGAAGUGCAACGCCUGCGGCAAGGCAUACGUAUCCAUGCCGGCGCUGGCCAUGCAUCUACUGACGCACAAACUCUCGCACAGUUGCGAAAUCUGUGGCAAGCUCUUCUCACGCCCCUGGCUGCUGCAAGGACAUUUGCGCUCGCACACUGGCGAGAAGCCCUAUGCCUGCGUGCACUGCGGCAAGGCCUUUGCGGAUCGCUCGAACCUCCGCGCGCACAUGCAGACGCACUCGGGCGACAAGAACUUCAAGUGUCAUCGCUGCAACAAAACCUUUGCGCUCAAAUCUUAUCUAAACAAGCAUUUGGAGUCGGCCUGUCAGCGCGAUGCGGGCCUCAUCGGCAUGGAUGAUGUCAAGCAUGGCGAGGACGAAGAGGAGGAUGAUGAGGAUAUGAAGCAGCACAAUGAUGACGAUGAGCUGGAUGGCGAUGAGCUAGAGAGCGAUGAGAACAGCCAGGAUAUAGUGGUAGCUUAAGCGACUAAUUAUUACCUACAUAUGUAUGUCCUUUAAUACUUGAACUUACACUUAAAGUAAACCUUAUAAGAAAUGAGAAAACCUAGAAGCAAUAUCUGAGCACCCUUACGAAUUAUACAAUUCAAAUCAGUCAACUUAGCAGCUUAUAUGAGUAGUUUUGAGCAAAAGCAAAUAAGAAUUACGAUAUAUUUAAACUUUUUAGCAUGAAAAUGUUGGUAACGAUGCCGAUGCCGAUGCCGCCAGGAGUCAAUAGCACGUUUACUUAUAACUUAUACAUAUAUAUAUAUAUAUGAUUAUAGAACUAAACUUUUAUGGUUUGGGUACAAUAGCGGAAUGAGCAAACUUAAGAUUGGGCAAAGCAAAAAAAGAAAAAACAAACAAAAAUACAAAAAAAAAAAAGGAAAAACAAAAGGUUUUGAAAGUGAAAUCCAAAAUGUAACUUAAAGUAAAAAUCUGACACAACGAAUAUUAUGGAACAUAAGUAGAAAUUCUAUAUAUACACGCAGAACAAAUAAGCAUAUAUACAACAAACAAAGAUAAAAACGUGAAAGUAAGCAAGAAUAACAAAUUAUAUAUAUACUAUAUAGUAUAUACGAGUAAACACAUAGCGAGCAGAACCAAUUUGCAUGUUUUUUUGGUAAGGCAACUCUUUAAACAUUAAGGCAGCGUUUUAGUGCUCUAAAGAGUUAUGCUAUAUCCACAUAUAUAUAGAAACAGCUGACAUCCAUAGAAAGCUCGUAUAAGGCAGCGUCAACAAUACAACAAACAACAACAAAAAUUGGCUCAUUUCGAAACUUAGCAGAACUAAUCGACUAGUAGACUUUUUCAGCACUUUCUCUAUUACUAACUCUGUCUAUCUCUCUGUCUCUUUCUC